AUGACACCUUCGGAAAUUGCUAACAAGGCCCUCGACUCCACGCUUGAGGUUGUACAAUUGCUGAUGAAGUGUUGUAUGAAAUUAAAGGAAAGCGACCCAGCCACAUUGAUAAUCUCGGAUGAGAUCGCUAGAUGGGUGGCAAAAGAUUUGAAGCUUUACGGGGGAACCCCCACAUCGUUCUCCCCUCAGCUGCUGUCUUUUGCAGCCAUAGUACGGCAGCAUUCAAAAGCUGGGAAAUUUGUAUCAUUGCCCGACUGGAACUCCAUGAUGGAAAACGACCAGCGCAUCAAGACGCACCCACUGUUCCACAAGACUGUAGGCUAUCGUCCCUCCCUCACGCACCCCGAUGCAGAACCAGAACCCAGCAUGUCGUCAUCCACAGUCCUGCUGGAGCCGCAUUCAACGAGUGGGACUGUUGUGGAAACCUGUAUGCCUCAACAUCUUGUCGCAUCAAAGGCCCCGCAUCUCAUUCAGUCGCUCCAUGUCGUCCCUGAGGUGCAACUGAGGACAUCUGAGUGGAUAUCUCCUGUUGCACCGGUUGUGGAACCCAUGAUGUCUGGCGUCCGAAGUACCAUAACCCCUAUGGUCAUACCGGAACCAUCACCACCGGUUUCAAUGCCUCCUGGGACUGUCGGACAAAACAUGGGAAAUAUCGGAACGGUACGGCCAGACAUGCCCCCAUCCAACUUUGUGGACGAGAGAGGUUUUUGGCAUGCAGAAACCAGGCCUGCCGGAUGGGGUCUAGAUGCCACAGUUGCUACUGCGGUAGAGCAUUCCGUUCACUACCAUCCCCGCAAAUGCGACAAAUGCAUCAAAAUGAACGUGCCAUGCAUUGUGUUGCCUGACAAGAAGUUCGGGUGUACAAGACUCGCUUGUGCAAACUGUGAUGAGAUGAAAAUUACCUGCGCGAUCGACGGCGCUGGUGUCUGGCAGAGGCUGCAAGCAAAGGCGCAGGGAGCUGCGAUGAAAACUGGCAUCAAUGCACCGCUCAAACAUUCUAGGAUGCAUGCACCUAAGUCACGCGCGGCUGUUACAACACCUUUUGUAUCCGCUCCUGCGAAGACAACUAAACUUUCCAGACGUUCAUCCUCCCUUGUCCUACAGAAAGUUGUGCCGGACAAUCCAUUGAUUGAGGUCGAGCAAGGACCAAUGAACUUGAUGCCAGAGAAGGCGCCACCGAAUAUGCAGCUGUUCAGAUCUCUGCAACUCCCACCGGUCGACAUGCUAGCACCAGUCCUACCAUCUGUACCAGCCACCCCCUCAGAGCCUGAACCCACCGCAAGAGCCAUAUUGCAAAGCAUCCAUGACCUUGGCAGGAGAUUUGAUCUCCUGGCAACCAAUGAGCGGAUGGAUGCUUUGGAUAUGAGGGUGGAUUCGGUAGAGCGGAGGAUUAGCCUGAGGCUGACGGUGCUGGAGGAAUGGUUCACCGUAUCUAAUGUGCAUCAGGAAUUGUUAUCACAGUCGAUCGGUAAUCUGUCUAUGUCCUUACGGGUGCACAGCAACAAUCCGGGUGCACAUCGUCCUCGCGCCGACAGUAAUGCGCACGCACCCCAGCACCUGCCAGAACCAACCAUCGCCUCAUGGCUGACAAAUAAUCCUGCUGGCGAUGAACACCCGGGCAUCUCCACCAUAGGCAGGGAGUACACCCAUGCAUGGGACCAGUCCAUUAUGAUGGGCAUGCAAGGCGACGCCCAGACCUCGACAUCUCGUUGGCGGCAGACAUACCCCCCGGAUCCUCCUUAUAUAUGCGAGCCUUUGAUUGCAUCUUCCCCAUUGUCCAGCACGAAUGUGCUCGGAAUAUGCGAGAGACAUACGUGGACCAUCAUUGAAUCGCCCAUAUCCGAAACAGAGGAAUCGCUACCAGAAGGUUUGAAGUAUGGUGCCGAUGCAGCUGCACAGAUGUUUCAGAUUAUCUCAGACACUACGGAUGCCUGGUUUCAGUCGGCUGUUGAGGAAGCAUCAUGA